GAGGCAAGAAGUCAAUCCAACGUUGAAGUGCCGGGGACCGCUUCACUUACCGUCACAAGGAACUGGACGCUCGUUAGGCGAAGACCUCUAUCGUCCGUUCUACCUGACCUGACCUGAUAUUUCUGGACCAGUCUUACGAUGGAUUUCAGCUUUCCUAAUCGGAAUGGAAAUGUGUAUGCGGCCCUCACAGUCUACUGCGACCCCCGUACGCCGUAGACACGGAAGCCCUCAGAACCGUCGACUGGACGCAUUCUACGUUUCGCACUUUACUGUAGAAUAUAUCGUUCAAUAAUGUCUCAAAGCGCAGCUCUCUUCGGUGGUCCUCAACAGCUCCAAACUAAGCAUUUGCUGCAGUUCAAGGCCGGAAAAAUGGUUGUAAAAAGUGAUAACUGGGUUCAUGCGGACCCCCGUAAAGGCUGGGUUUAUGUGUACCAAUCAAGUGACGGCAAGCUGCACUUCUGUUGGAUUGACCGAAAGACAUGCUUGGUAGAGGACAACUUUGUCAUUGGUACUCAGCAGGCCGAGUUUAAACGAGUUCCACACUGCACGACCGGCAGAGUAUACCUACUUCAGUUCAAGAAUUCAAAGCGCUUUUUUAUCUGGAUGCAGGAACCUAACGGCAAGAACGAUGCCAACAUAUGUUCGAGAAUCAACAGCUUUAUCAAUUCCCCGGCUCAAUUUACUCCCCCCACAAGUGAUUGGUUAAGUAGCUUCGGUGGCUUCAAUCAGUUUUCUCAAAGUGACUUACUUGCCCUGUUAUCCAUGGGUGUGGGCCUUGGUAGUGGCCUUUCAACGGAUUCAGAUGUAUCAUCUGCUCAAGCAACCGCCGUUACUAUCGGACGUCAUUUGAACACUGGCCAUCUGGAAAGUUUGCCGAUUCCUACUUCUGUCCUUGGAUCCACUGUCACCACCCCUAACGUUCCCGCAGAAGUAACACCUACACAACCGGUACGUUUCCAGUGA